GCCCCCUAUAUUCGCGAAUGCGCGUCGCCAUUUUAGAUUUCUAAACAUCUCUCUCUAGAUUCUUCUCAGACUCUCAAAAUCGGCCAAGGAUCCUCUUCCGUUUCCAGUUUCCUUCUCCGCAAAAAAAUUGUCGUGAGGUUGCUUUAAUCGUGUCCUACUUCUUCUUCUUCCUUCCUUGCUCUGACUUGCAGAUUUCAUUUUAAGGGUUCAUGGCCACUAAUCAGUGCUCCAGUAGCAACAAUGCGUCGGUGGAGACGCCGGAAUCAUCCACCCUUGAGCUCAACGUCAAGACGCUAGAGUCACAGACGUAUGCUUUCAAAGUUAACAAGAAUGAAACAGUUUCUGUUUUUAAAGAGAAAAUAGCUGGUGAGACAGGGGUUCCUGUUGCUCAGCAGAGGCUCAUUUUCCGGGGUCGUGUUUUAAAAGAUGAUCACCCUCUCUCCGAGUAUCAUUUGGAAAAUGGGCAUACUUUGCACUUGGUUGUGAGGCAGCCAGCAGGAUCAACGCCAUCAUCUGGUACGCCUUCAGAAGGAGCUACUGCAAAUGAUGGUAAUGGUACUAAUGGUGGACCAUCUCGAGGUCGUGGACACAUCUCUCACAGCGUAGUCCUCGGGAGUUUUAAUUCUGCAGAUCAGACUGAAGGCUUUGUUCCAGAUAUCAACCGGGUUAUUGGAGCAGUUCUAAAUUCUUUUGGAGUUGGUGGGCAGAACCCUCCAGUUAACAGUAUGAAUGUCACGCAGCCGUCUAUGGCAUCCAAUUUGCCUGGCAACUCCCCGCCUGGAAAUGCAUCUGCUGGAACACCUGCCACCGAUGGUCAAAGCCAAACGGCGGGACAGGCACUACCUAGGCCAGCGUUUACUAGUGCAACAUUUCGAACAUCUAUGCCUCAUGUCGUUCAGAUUCCUAUUACAGCAGCUACACCAAUUCCUAUUCCUACAUUUCUGACGCCUAUCCCGGAUUCGCUAGACACUAUUUUGGAGUUUAUUAAUCGGAUGGAACAGGCAUUAUCACGAAACGGCGAUCAGCCAGAUACUUCCUCUGCUACAUCAGAAGGUCGUCCCAGGGAAGAGUUGCCAAGAAAUAGACACGGUCCAUCAACGCCUGAAGCACUGGCUAUUGUCCUGAGGAAUUCACAGCGUCUACUAAGUGGUCCAGCCGUCUCUUCGUUAUCGCAUAUUGCAGGACGUCUAGAGCAGGAUGGAUCCUCUUCAGAUCCUGCUCUCAGGUCACAAAUCCAGUCAGAAGCAAUACAUGCAGGUCUUGCUAUGCAACAUUUAGGGGCCCUCCUACUGGAGCUUGGGCGCACACUUCUGACAUUGAGAAUGGCACAGUCUCAGGAAUUAUCCUAUGUGAACGCUGGCCCUGCUGUAUACAUAUCUCCGUCAGGACCGAAUCCUAUUAUGGUUCAGCCUUUUCCGAAUCAAAUCAGCCCACUCUUUACUGGUGCGGCUGGCUCAUCAAAUCCAGUAACCGGACCAGGUGGUUUAGGAACUCCCCCUAGGCACAUUAACAUUCACAUACAUGCUGGUUCAUCAGCUUCACCUACGAUGUCGUCAGCUGGAAACCAUCAAAGCAGUGGACAGCAAGGAGAACCUAACAGCAAUACAAGUUCAGUUAGGGUACUUCCAACGAGAAACAUCAGUGCUGCUUCUGCUCCAGCACAUUCUACCGGCGAGAAUGUGUCUGCUGGGAUUCAGUCUGGCGUUUCUAGUGCUAUGACUGAGCAGGGUACCAACACUGUGGCUACUUCCGCACCGGAGGAAAGGAGCUCGUUACCUGACUUACCAUCUGAGAGGAGUAACUCAAUUGGUGAACGCGGUAAAGAACAUUGUGAAGAUUUAGGGCAUCCAGAGGUAGAUACUACCGGUGAUACCAAAUUAAAUAAGAAGGCUACUCCAGAAGUUGUGACGCCACUUGGAUUGGGGCUCGGGGGUCUGGACCGUAAGAAACGAAGCAAGCAGCCUAAGACAUCAGGUAAGAAUGAAGAUGGUGGGACUUCUUCUGCUUCGGUUGAAGGUGUGCAACAGAGCAGUGGGAACAGUAGUCAACAGCUUUUGCAAUCUCUCCUUUCUGGUAGUUCACGUGGGCGAGGUUCUGAUGACGGUGUAGAUGUCUCAAGUGCAAUGUCUCAGGUGUUGGAGAGCCCUGUUUUGGAUGGUUUGCUAUCAGGGGUAUCUCAACAAGCUGGUGUUGAUUCACCAAACAUGCUGAGAAAUAUGUUGCAGCAGUUUACCCAGAACCCACAGAUCAUGAACACAGUCCAGCAAAUUGCUCAACAGGUGGAUGGUCAAGAGAUAGAGAAUAUGAUGUCAGGCGGAGCUCAUGGCGAAGGAGGAGGUGGCUUUGAUCUCUCAAGAAUGGUCCAGCAAAUGAUGCCUCUAGUCUCACGUGCUUUUACCCAAGGAGGACCAUCAUUUGGACCGCCAUUACAACAGGCUGUACAGGCAAAUGUUCAACCCAUGAUGCAAAUGAUUGAGCACUCUGAUCCACCAGAAGAUGUAUUCCGUGCGAUGGUUGAAAAUGCUGCGAUGAGUCAAGAAGACCUUGCAGACGUGCUCUGCAGUGAUGAAGCUCUUGCUCAUGAAUACGCGGAGUUGCUAAGGCGUGAUCUGGAAGGCCGGCUACAAGAUAAUCAUGGUCCAUAAGCUACACUUGGCAACAUUUGGUUCCAUAUUUUUCAGUUGUUAAAAGAUUCUCUGUUUGAAGAUUCUCUGUAUGAAAAAUUAGUGGUUGGGGAUAGUUUUCUAAGCUGGAGAUAAUCAACACUAAUUUAUAUGGUCUCUGAAGGACCUAUUCAAUUUGAUAUUUUCAUCGUUGAACA